AUGCCCCAAGAUCUUCCUGGGUUUUAUUAUGAUGCGGAGAGGAAUAGGUACUUCCCCAACAAGGGCCCAGUACCAGGCUCUCGUCGUGCUAAUUCUGCUGCUGCUUCUUCUUCUGGCUCUCAGAAACUGAACCAGAUAGUUAAGAAAUGUAAGCGAACAAAAGUAAAAACUACUAAGCUGCUUCAGGCCAGAGAGUUAUAUGGUAAUGUCAUUGCUUCCGGUAAAGGGAGGUGUAACUUCAUGGAGGAAUACCAAAAGGCACAAGCAUCCCAUCCUGUGGUUUGGAAGUAUCAGGGAACAAACAAGCUAGGUGAUGGUGCGUUAGAACGAAUAAAUAUUGAUGUACAGACAGGAGAGGGCCUAACUGAUAGAAAUUUUCUAUUAGCAGGUGGCAGAGAUGGCUCUUUGAGUUUUUUUGAGUUUGGAAAAUUUGAGGGGGAUAUCCAUUUCGGGAGGAAAUGCUUGCCAGAUCUUGUAUGGCCUCUCUUAAACAAAAGUCAAGUAGAAUGUAGAAAAGCGCCUGGCCACAUAUGGAGACCAGCUCAAAAUACACAAUGGAUGUCAUCAGGUAUAUCUUGUAUAAAAACAUUUGGCAGGCACGGCACAGAAAAUGAGGGUUCUAGCAUCCAGAAUGCUCUCGUAUGUACGCUGGGAGCUGAGGACCGUGGUGGAUCAGUUUUUGUCAUUAACCUUACUGAACUCUUAGAAUUUCGUCCAAACAGACCUAUCUUAAGGCGGAACAUUGAUGAAGUUGCGACUUUCAAUUGUACUAUUUGGACAGCAGAUUGUAGAUCGGAUGGGCGUCAUGCAGUGAUUGGUACCAAUCUGGGAGCUGCUCUGGUGGAUCUGGAAACUGGGGUGAAAUCAUGGCUGUUGCGCGGUAAAAGUGAUGUUUUGGCACAACAACUUAUUCACUCGGGAAAUGUCGUUUUAUGUGGACUCAGAAAUGGAGCGAUUGUAACAGUUGAUGUUCGUGAGAAACGGGAAGGGUUUUCUGCGAGACAUGCUAGUCAUAGAAUACAGCACUCAACUUUGGAUAGCACUCUUGGAAAAUCUACUAAACAAUGGUUCAAGCUUUCUGGAAAUAUACAUCCUUCUCAUACCAUAAAAAUGCCUUCAUCUAUUGCAUGUUUAGUAUCUCUUCAGUUUGAUGAUCAGUACUUCUUGGCAAGCUCCAUGGAUGGAACGGUGAAGCUUUAUGACCAUCGCAUAAUCCAAAGAGGAGCAGUGCAAACUUAUGAGGGGCAUGUGAAUUCCCAUACUCGUUUGCAGCUUGGAGUUGAUCCAUCUGAGCGAUUCUUUGUAUCAGGUGGAGAGGACUGCAAUUUAAGACUUUGGAGUAUAAAGUCUGGUGAACUGCUUUUUGAGGACAAGUUAACAAAUACAGUCACCUCAACUGUAUGCUGGCAGAAAGCUGAAUCGUUUAAUGGAGUUCAGGAUGAAAGGCGAAGCUAUGACAAUGUUAAACAUGAUAGCUUGGGGGCUUGGCUUGGAUCGGCAGAAGGAAUAUUUUACAUGGACUGGGAACUUUGAGUGCGAGUGCUGUGGUCGUGUUCUCUAGAAAUUUCUAACAAACUUGCCUUGUGCUCGGCUAUACCAUUUGUAAUUAGGCUUUUGAGUUUUGCAACUCCAUACGUGCUCACCGAGGGCAUCCAAGAGAUGAAGGCAAUGCUGCUGUCAGCACGAUCUAAGCAUGAAUUCAAGUGAUCACUGAUUGAUUCACUGUUUGCUGAGAUGAGAUGCUUGGAACUCUUCGCCUUGAGAAAAGGAUGUUAGAUGUUAAAACAAGUAGGCUAGCUGUUUCCUAGUCUUUUUUCCUGUUUUGUUUUUCUGCUUACCUUUGUCGAGAUAAAUGCAGGUAAUUAGUAGUCUGAUGGGAAUUUGUGAUAAUAGUAAUCCUUGUUAUAUAUACUAUAAUGAAUAGUGACAAGUUUACUC